AUGAAAUUUCUAAAUGAUAUUAGUGUCGCUAUUGGUGUCCCUGAACCAAUACUUCGUUUAUUAUCAACAAUAUUAUUUGCGUAUCCCUUAGCUUUAGUUUAUCGUCUUGUUUUUCUUCGUCCUAUCGAAACAAAAUGGGCACCUUUUAUUCGUAACCUUUAUGUAGUUAUUGCUGGUUUAGGACUUAGUUUUUAUUAUAAUAAGUCGGAUAUUAAACAUUCUUUUUCAACUACAAUUUUAACUUGGUUCUUUUGUUAUUUUGGUGAUAUCAUUGGAAAUCGAAAAAUUUCUGUCAUUCUUACUUUCACUUUUAAUUUGGGUUACCUUUGUUGGGGAUAUUAUGUUACUAGAAAAGAUGAUUAUGAUGUGGGUUGGACCAUGACGCAAUGUGUUCUUUGUUUAAGAAUGAUUGGAUUCUCGAUGGAUUUUUGGGAUGGUGAAAAAUUGAAAUCUUCAUAUUCUUCUUCCAAAACAGCAAGUAAUCGAACAACAAAUUCUUUCGAGAAAAAUCAAAAUAAUAAUUUACCCAAACAACCAAUUUCAUUUGAAAGAAAUAUUCAAUUAAUUAAACUUCCUUCAUUAUUUGAAACUAUCGGUUACGCACAUUUCUUUGGUGCAUUUUUAAUUGGACCACAAUUUUCUUUUCAUCUUUAUCAAAAAUUUCUUACCGCUUCAGUAUUUCCCAUCAAUAAAAUUCCUUCCGGAUCUUAUAGAGCAGCUUUAAAAAGUUUAACUUUAGGUGCUUUAUAUUUAGGAGCAUAUCAAAUUGGUGCAACAUAUUUUCCUAUAGGAUACUUAAUCACUAAAGAAUAUGCUGAGAAUUCGUUUUUUCAACGAUUAUAUCUUGGAAUAUGGACAAUAUCAGAAGGUUCAUGUAUUUUAUCUGGUAUUUCAUUCAAUAAUUAUGAUAAAGAAGGAAAAGCGGAAUGGAAUGGACUUGCUAAUGUUGAAAAGUGGAAAUUUGAAUUCGCUACAUCACUUACACAAAUUGUCGUAUCAUUUAAUACCAACACCAACUUUUGGACAAAAACCUAUAUCUUCAAAAGACUUAUAUUCUUGGGCAACAAAAAUUUAUCAUCAAUUUUAUCAUUAGUAUUUUUAGCAGUUUGGCAUGGAUUACAUUCUGGAUAUUACUUUUGUUUCAGUUUAGAAUUUUUCGAUGUGGAAGCGGAAAGAAGAUGGGCAAAAAGAUUUGAAAAAUAUACUAAACCAUUAUAUUCUUUAGAGAAUAAAAAUAAUUUACGAAUUAAAUUUUUAAGAUAUUUACAUCAAUUUGUAUGUUGGAUCGGACAAACUUGUGCAUUACAUUAUGCCAUGAUACCUUUUCAAUUAUUAAAAUUUGAACAUUGUUUAAUAGCUUAUAAUUCAGUUUAUUGGAUUGGACAUCUUGCGGUUUUAAUGACAAGAUAUCUCUUGGAUUUCGUCCCUAUAAACAAUACAUUCGAUUUAAAAUUUCAUAAAUUCGAUAAAACAACUUUACACGCCACUUUCAUAUUAGAUAAUACUCAACCUACUGGUACUUUGGGUCCUAAUCAUUCUAAACUUUGGGGAUUAAAAUUACGAGGGGAUGGAAUAUUACGAGAUAAUUGUAUAAAUGAACCAUUAUUAUAUAGUGAUUGGGAUUGCCCCACUGAAUUAAAUGAAUCAAGAAUUUAUGUAUUUGAUUCAGAAACUGACAAAGAACAUCCUUUCUUAAAAACUUUUUUCGUUACUAAUGGUCAAAUAAAAACUCCCACUAGUGAAUGUAAAUCAACUGAUGGCCGGUGGAAUUCUUGUAUAAUGGGGGUUAUAGAAUCAGUUGUUAUUAAAGCUCCAAUGUUAAUGGCUUCUAUUGAAGAAAAAACUCAAGAUAAAUAUCUAGGAGGGGUGAAAUUCAUGAUUUUGGAAGGUGGUCAAAAAUAUUUGAAAAAGAAAAAAACCUCAUUUCAAACUACUUAUCUUCGACCUAUUGUAGUUUACCCUAAAGUGCUGAAAGGUGCUGCAAAUUUUGCUACAGUUCAAAACACUUCACCACCACUAAGCCGCACUUAUGGUAAUCUAAAGGACGAAGAUCGAAUUUUCACAAAUUUGUAUUUACGACACGAUUAUAGACUAAAAGGUUCCAAGCAAAGAGGCGAUUGGUACAAAACUAAAGAAAUAAUAUUAAAGGGGCAUGAAUGGAUUUUAAAAGAGAUCAAAGAAUCUGGACUUCGAGGUCGUGGAGGUGCUGGAUUCCCAACAGGCUUAAAAUGGAGUUUCAUGAAUAAGCCACCAGAUGGCCGUCCUAAGUAUUUGGUAGUUAAUGCUGACGAAGGUGAGCCAGGUACGUGUAAAGAUCGUGAAAUCAUGCGUGGUGAUCCUCAUAAACUUGUUGAAGGGUGUUUAGUGGCUGGAAGAGCAAUGAAUGCUUCUGCUGCUUACAUAUAUAUAAGAGGUGAAUUCUAUAAUGAAGCUUCAAAUUUACAAGAAGCGAUUAAUGAAGCAUAUGAAGCCGGACUUAUUGGAAAGAAUGCUUGUAAUUCAGGUUAUGAUUUUGAUGUAUAUAUUCAUCGGGGAGCCGGAGCAUAUAUUUGUGGCGAAGAAACUGCUUUAAUAGAAUCCUUGGAAGGAAAACAGGGCAAACCUAGAUUAAAGCCUCCAUUCCCAGCUGAUGUUGGUUUAUUUGGUUGUCCAACCACCGUAACCAAUGUUGAGACUGUUGCUGUGGCACCUACUAUUUGCAGACGUGGUGGUUCAUGGUUUGCAAGUUUUGGAAGAGCAAAGAAUAGCGGCACAAAACUUUAUUGUAUCUCAGGUCAUGUGAAUGAACCUUGCACAGUUGAAGAGGAAAUGAGUAUCCCUUUAAGAGAUCUUAUUGAACGUCAUGCUGGAGGAGUACGUGGUGGAUGGGAUAAUUUAUUAGCAAUAAUACCUGGUGGUUCAUCAGUUCCUGUUUUACCAAAGCAUAUUUGUGACGAUGUUUUGAUGGACUUUGAUGCUCUUCGUGAUGUUCAAUCUGGAUUAGGAACUGCUGCUGUUAUUGUUAUGGAUAAAUCUACUGAUAUUGUUCAAGCAAUUUCUAGAUUAUCUGCUUUUUAUAAACACGAAAGUUGUGGUCAGUGCACACCUUGUCGUGAAGGUACAUCAUGGCUUAUGAACAUGAUGUCACGUUUUGAGAAAGGUUAUGCUGUUUCGAGAGAAAUUGAUAUGAUCCAAGAAUUAACAAAACAAAUAGAAGGUCACACUAUUUGUGCUUUGGGCGAUGCCGCAGCAUGGCCCAUUCAAGGAUUAAUCCGUCAUUUCCGACCAGAACUUGAGGCUCGUAUGAAAUCAUAUGCUGAAACUCAUUCUGAACAAGAUUUAAAAAAAUUUUCUGUUGCAGCCCCCGGGUUAUAA